ACUCACACUCACUCCAUUGCUGCGAUAACUUAGGGUUUGUUUAGUGUGUUGACAAUGCUGUUUCUUCUGCGUGCGCGCCCACCAUAGUGUUCGUGCGUCCGUCGCCAGAGUUCGCGUGUUUGUCCACCGCGCCAACGGCCACAGGAUUCGUCAUUGUCAGCGUGCGCCACAGUUAUGGCUUUCUUUUUGACAGACUAUAGCUUUGAAUAGUUCUCUAGCAGCUCAGGGUAAACUCUACAUUGAUGAUGACAACAACUUUAACUUUCAAACUUGCCUCUUACUUGGUCUCUUAUCCUUCUACCAGUCAUAUUCUUGUCACUUCUAAACAAUGGAAAACUCAGAUACAAUGCUGACAACUUCAUCCUUGCCUCCACCACCUCCAGUAGCUGUGGAGGAGCCAGAGCCCAAGAAGUUGAAGAUGUCCACCACAACCUCUGAUGAUGAAGAAUGUGCAACUACCACAGGCAGUAAGAUAAGAUACAAACGCCAUAAGGUAGCUAUUUUCUUUGCUUACUGUGGUGUUGGCUAUCAGGGUAUGCAGAAAAACCCUGGUGCAAAGACCAUUGAAGGUGAUCUAGAAGAAGCUUUAUAUGUGUCUGGAGCUGUACCUGAACAGGAUCGUGGAAUUCCUAAACGGUACGACUGGGCUCGCUCUGCUAGAACAGAUAAAGGAGUUAGUGCUGUUGGUCAGGUUGUCUCAGGCCGAUUCUAUAUUGAUCCACCUGGCCUUGUUGACCGCCUUAAUUCAAAUCUUACCUCUCAGAUAAGGAUCUUUGGUUACAAGCGUGUGACAGGUUCUUUUAAUGCCAAGAAGUUCUGUGAUCGGAGGAGGUAUGUCUAUCUCAUUCCUGUGUUUGCUCUUGAUCCAUGUUGUCAUCGUGAUAGAGAGACUGUCAUGGCUAGUUUGGGAUCUGGAAACGAGCUUGUUAAGUGUUUCGAGUGUUCUGAGAGAGGUCGAAAGGUGGUAGGAUUAGUUGGUAAUCGUAAGCACAAUCUGGAACUAGAAGCUAUGGAUGUUGAUGCUGGUAUUUCAUCAAACAAAAAUGUUGUGGUUGAUUCUAGUGUUACAGAUGAUGUGGGGGUUUCUUUGAGCAAAGUUGAUGAUAAUCAUUUAAAUGAGGCAUCUGUGAAUGAUAAUACGGGUGACGUGAACUCUAAAACUGAUAUUGAGACUGUGAUUCCUGUUCGUGAAGAGGGUACUCCUUUGAAUGAUGAAUCUGUAAAAAAUUCAGACAUCCUUGAGGAAGAAAAAGUGAAUGGAGAGGAUGAGUCUACCAAUGGAAGUGGGUUCUGUUAUGGUGAGAAGGAGAGGGAGAGAUUUAACAAGAUUUUAAAGUAUUUUGUAGGGACUCAUAAUUUCCAUAACUUCACCACUAGAACAAAAGCUGAGGACCCUGCUGCUCGUCGUUACAUUAUUUCAUUCAAUGCAAACAUCACUCUUGUAGUUGAGGGCAUGGAAUUUGUAAAGUGCGAGGUUGUGGGACAGAGCUUCAUGCUUCAUCAGAUACGCAAGAUGAUUGGUUUGGCAGUGGCAAUCAUGAGAAAUUGUGCACCGGAGUCACUUAUUGACAAAGCUUUUCAGCAGGAUGUUAACAUUAAUGUGCCUACUGCCCCUGAGGUUGGAUUAUAUUUGGAUGAGUGCUUCUUUUCUUCAUAUAACCAGAAGUGGAAAGAUAGCCAUGAAGAGUUGUCAAUGAAAGAUUAUGAGAAAGAAGCUGAGGAGUUCAAAAUGAAGUACAUAUAUUCUCAUAUCUCUUCCACGGAACAGAAGGAAGGAACUGUUGCUCUUUGGUUACAUUCUUUGAACCAUAGAAAUUAUCCAGAUCUGCGCAUUGUCAAUGAGGAAGCCAUCCCUGAUAACAAUAGAGCUGAUAUUGAGGAAGCCAUCCCUGAUAACAAGAGAGCUGAUAUUGUCAAUGAUAACAAGAGAGCUGCUAUUGAAGAACCCAUCAAUGAUAACAAGAGAGCUGCUAUUGAAGAAGCCAUCAAUGAUAACAAGAGAGCUGAUAUUGAAGAAACCAUCACUGAUAACAAGAGAGUUGAUAUUGAAGAAGCUGUCGAUGAUAACAAGAGAGCUGAUAUUGAAGAUGCCAUCACUGAUAACAAGAGUGCUGAUCCUGAAGUUAUGACUGAGUGAACUCUGUUCUAUGUUUCGGUCAUUCAAUGUGAACUCUUUCUUUCUAAUCUUUUCACUUAUGCUUAUUCUUUUAUUAUUCGCGGAACACCCUCCAUCGCAACAUAUACAAAUACACAAGAUCUUUGUGUCCAUCACUUGGUAAAGCCAAGAAAUGAAAGAAUAUUUUCAUUAUAUAUUUUAAACCAUGACUAAGCAAUGGCCAUUGGUUUGUGCUAAAUUGAGAUCCACUGUGAAAGAAACACCUAUAUAGCACUUGCAAAUAUAUGACUUACGAAUUUUGUUUCUUUCA